CGCCUCACGCCGCUCCGCCCGGAGAGGGCGGCACAACGGGCGGCCGGGCGGCCGGGCGGGAACGGGGGGGAAGAAAGCCCUGGGACCGCGCAGGCGUCGCCUCCGUCGCCGCCUCCGCCGGCGGGGAUGUACGUCGAGGGCCCCGGGCUCCCCCGACGGACCACCGAGCAGCUGAAGAGGCCGAGCGCUGAGCGGGCGGGAGAAUGGGGUGCGGGAAGAUGGCGGCGCCGGCAGGGCCGGCGGCUUCGUCGAGCAUCUCGCUGUCCCGCAGCAGCAGCAGCAGCCGCUCUCGAGCGGGAGGCGUGAGGAGAAGCUGCCAGUGGCUCAUUUACUGGGUGCCGGUUCUCUUCAUCGGGAGCAUCGUCGCCUGGUCCUACUACGCGUACGUCGGCCAGCUCUGCUUGAUAACCAUGACAAAUAUUGGAGAAAAAGUGGUGUGCCUGCUUGCCUACCAUCUAUUUUUCGCGAUGUUUGUGUGGUCUUACUGGAAAACAAUCUUUACAUCACCAAUGAAUCCUUCCAAAGAAUACCACCUGACCUAUGCAGAUAAGGAACUGUUAGACAGAGAAACUAGAAGUGAAAUCCUUCAGGAAGUGCUGAGGAGAGCAGCCAAGGACCUCCCCGUCUACACAAGAACUAUGUCUGGAGCAAUCAGAUACUGUGACAGAUGCCAACUUGUAAAACCAGACCGUUGUCAUCACUGCUCUGUUUGUGAUAAAUGUAUUUUGAAAAUGGAUCAUCAUUGCCCUUGGGUGAACAACUGUGUUGGAUUUUCCAAUUACAAAUUUUUCCUUCUUUUCUUGGCAUAUUCUCUGUUAUACUGCCUUUUCAUUGUUGCAACCGAUUUACAGUAUUUUAUUAAAUUCUGGACAAAUGGUCUUCCUGAUACUCAAGCCAAGUUCCAUAUUAUGUUUUUAUUCUUUGCCGCAGCCAUGUUUUCUGUCAGCUUAUCAUCUCUCUUUGGAUAUCACUGUUGGUUAGUGACCAAAAAUAAAUCAACAUUAGAGGCAUUCAGAGCACCUGUUUUUCGACAUGGAACAGAUAAGAAUGGAUUUAGCUUGGGAUUUGACAAAAACCUAAGACAAGUCUUUGGGGAUGAGAAAAAAUAUUGGUUGUUGCCAGUGUUUUCCAGCCUAGGUGAUGGAUGCUCCUUUCCUACCUGCCUUGUUAACCAAGAUCCUGAGCAGGCUUCUACUCCUUCUGGACAUAGUUCUUCAAACAAAAAUGAGAAUAGUCAUCAUUUUCCUGCUAAACCAUUACGCGACUCCCAAAGUCAUCUCCUUACUGACUCUCAGUCUUGGACAGAAACCAGCGCAAGUAUUGAAAAUAACAAAUCAGGUAUGACCAAUCCUGCACUAACGGUGGAAAAUGAAACCUAGUCAUGCAAGUACAAGAGAGAAAUUCUGGAUCUUUAAAAUUAAGAAUUGUUGAUGAGAGGAUGAGGGAUUCCUCGACAACAUCAGCAUCCAUUGACCAGCUGUUCCAGUCCACUGCAGCGUGGAUGUGCCAGAAGAUAUUUCAAGAUCUAAUUAACUGUCUCUGUAUCAUCACUUGAAAUAUAAGACCCGUUACCAUCUCUUACAUGUAUGAAAAGAAUGUUUUGGGUAACACAAAUUAUUGUUAAAAUUCAAAAAGAAUGUCUUGAAGAUUACACAUUGGGAAAGCAGGUAGUCUUUCCUUAAGACGUACAGGACAACACCUAGUCCUUUUUAAGGGACUAGGUUAAAAGGGGGAUUUUUGCAUUGGCAUUGAUAGCUCAGGUGAGUGUAAGCUAUUUUCAUAUAACCUGAACCUGUUCUUAUGGCAAUUCUUGAAUCUUUUAAGUUUUGCCUCUUGUUUCCACGUACAAGUUAUCUUUAACCAUGCGAAUAUAUUCUCAACUUUUAUCAAUUGAUUUGGGGAGCUUAGUAGACUAGAAUAAUUGGACUAUAUUUUGAAUCUUACAUUCAGCUGAGUUAGUCAUACUUUUAAAUUUAAACUAACCUCAGUUAGAUAGGUUGGAUAAGUUUUAGGAAAGGUUUUGUUUGAUGCCAAUAUAAUAGCCCCCCCCUCCCCACUUUAUACAUGACUCACCUACUUCUAGCUAGGCUACAAUUUCUCUUAAAUCAUACAGGGGGAGCAGAAGACAAACUCCAUCCUCAAUUUACAUGCAUGUAAAACAUGAUUGGAGCAAAGUUUAGUGAGACUAUAAAUGUGUGAUUGUUUACUAUUCAGUUAUUCAACCUUAUUAGGAGUGUUUGAUAUUAAUAUUCCUUGAGACUGCUAGGCUUCAAAAGCUUAACCUAAAUUUCGUGCCUUUAAGAGGCUCCAUUUUAACUAUAUGAAUCUUUUCUCAGUUUGAUUUAGCAUCCUUAAAUUGCUGCAUUCCUCCUCAUUACCCUGAUGAUGUACAUAAAAGAUGUAUAUUAUCAUGUAGAACAUACUAAAAUUAAUUACUGUGAUGACUACACUCUGGAUUAUGAAGCCAAGUGGGCUUGCAGAGACCCUUUUUAUUUUAAAUGAAACUAACAGUUGUUUAGGCUUUUGUAGGAUUUGUCAGACAUUUCUGAAGCCAAGAAAACUGAAGUUUCAUAAUACGUUUUUUAUCAGUGCCUUUGCAUGCACGGUAUCUCAGAUGAAAUUAUAUACGUUUAAUGGAUCACAUAAAAUACAUUGUGCUGUUUACAUAAAAUAGGUGGUAAUAUUUAAUUCCAAGAUGGUUUGUAGAAGUUGGUAAUAUUAUGAGCAGAGGAAAUUAUACGUAACUCACAAGGGUGCAUUUGUGAAACAAAUUGCCACUUUAAAAUCAGUUGGGUAGUCAGAUUUUUAAAUUAUUAUAGACACAGUAGGAUGCAUAUCUGGCUCCGUGACUUACCCUACAGCUGCAGUUGCACCAAGUAAAAAAAAAUUUCAAAAUCAGGAGGACCAUUAGAGCCCAGUUCCUGAGUGAAUCACUGUUAGUGUUUUUAUGAAACAUCAGGAACAUUAUUUCCUAUUCUGCAGGCAACAAAGAAGACUUUGAGGAUUACGUCAAAAUUAUUCACCCAUGUAAAUAAGGUUCUAUUAAAGUAAAAUGGUAUGAUGUCUCUGACAUCAUCACCAUUAUAACUGGAAAUCCCCCCCCCCCAAAUCCCUACCUACAUUUUAAUCCAAAUGAGUCAUUACAGGUUCAAUCACCAGAAGUGCCAGAAUAUGACCCUGGGAUAUUUGAGAUCAUUGUGAUCUGCAUUACAUAGUUUUACACAGUAUGUGCAGACAUGUUUUGCAGCCAAUAGUUUCUAUAGCAUAAUGUUGUAUUUACUUAGUAUUCAAUGUUGGAAGUGGUCAUGAGAAUCACAGGGACCGAAUGGGAAAGACUGGUACUUUCAUUGCUUCAUCAUAAUGCACAUUGUGAUGUGUAUUCUGGUUAUGCAGGGCUGCCUUUGAUACUUUACCAGCAUUCAUUAAAAUGUGUAUAAAAUGAAGGGGAAAGCUGAAAUUCAGUUUUCAUGGGACACAUUUAUUACAGAUAAAAUCUAUCUUAUAGUAUUUUUCAGUAAAAUUCAGACUAUCAGAGCACGUUUUAAAUAUGGCUCACAUUGCUGCAUCAUGGAAAGGAAGACUGAUGACUGUGUCCGAUUCCAGUAUUUAAACAUACCUCCUGGGAAAGUGGGGUUCAUGCAAAAGAUUGAGCCAGCCUAUGAUGGGUGUAAGUACAUUAUCAUGAUGCACUUUUUCCAGCUAAUUCAGAUGUCACACAUAAUUAUUAAGGUAGGAAUGGCUGUUAUACAUCCUGACCGUAUUUUCUUGAAUGUAAAUAUCAGUGCUAUCUGUGAACGAUGGGGCUUCACAAUAAAAGCGUGUGGGAUUAGGGAGUGAGCAAAUAGCAGAAGUGGGUGUCACACAUAGUAAGUGGUGAUGUAGGUAUGGCUACUGCAGAAUUUUAGAGGAGCUCUAUGACUUCCUGUUUCUGGAAAUGCAAAUUUCUAAUUCCUUCAUAAAUUAUAGUACGGGAGAAAGGAAUCUUUUCUCACUCCACCUCCACCUGCAUGGCUAAAACACUGAUUAACUGAAAACUAGGACUCUCACUUUAAUUAAAGACAUUUUGGUCAAUUGUGUGGGUUUUGGCUGACUGGUCAAUUUAAUCUGCUGAUUAAAUUUGCAUAAACUUUUACACAGGUAAAAACAAUAAUUUUGAAGGAACAAAUAUACUUUUGUUUUUAGAUGAACUAUUCACUCCAAUGUAUAAUGGAAGGGAAAUGCCUCUUAAGAAGCUGCUUGCUGUCUUAAGUUUGUAGAAGUAAUUAUGUUUUCAAAUGUCUGUUUUUAAAGCUGCAGUCCUAUUUAGCAGAGGACACAUUUUUAGGUGAUUAAAAUGUUUGAGUGCUUUGAUUACAUGAUCAAUCAUUGCAGCCCUAUUAAAACAUUUUGGUUAUGUGCCAAGGAUUCAAAAUACUCCUUUUAAAUGGUUUCAUAGUUCAGAUUCCAUUACAGCACAUAGGGAGUAACACGUCACUAUAUGAAACAAAAUAUUAAUACACCCAUUAGGAACUACUUGGUCAGCCUAUGUAUUGAAUUCUUUCCUUCAGAAUUAAUAGUUCUUAUUUAAUGUGUAAAACAGUAUGUAUUUCGCAUAUGCCACUAUUAUAUGGAAUGCAAAUUACUAGUAGAUAUGCUUCUAGUACGUACAAAUAUAUAUGCCUACAGAGCUAGUAGUACUAUGAUUGUGCUAUACAUUGCUUUUACACAAUUGCUGGCUUAUCCCAUCUGCCCCUUUUUCAGGUGAAGAUUUUUUUUCAGCCCCAAAUGCAUUUACAUUUUAAUAACCCCCCUGUAUGUGCUGGACACAAAAAUUUCUAAUCUUCCCAAAGCAUGGGUGAUUGCUGUUUAGCAGGUGAUCUGUCACCUCUAGGAGCACUGGGAGUACUUGUACAAACUUUUUUUAAAAAAAAAUCAGACUGAUCUGUAAAGUAAAGCCAUGUCCUAUGCAUCCAGGGCACAAAGGAAAGUGAGCCUGAGAAACGACACAGGGAGUACUUGACUCUAGCUUACAAUAAAUUUUACAAGUGUGCUUUUUCACCUUUAUGAAGCUGGCAAAGGAGGGACAGUGUGACCCAUCCAUGUUCAGUUAGCAAAUAUUAUUUAUUUUUGCAGGCUUGUAACUUUCAGGCUAUUUCACAAAGGUAAAAGUAAAUGGGACUAAUUAAGAGUGUGCACUGCCUAAUCCUUUGCUAGCUUCCACCUUUACAUUUUGAACACCAAACAAGUUUGAGCUAGCCUGUCAAGAUAAUGUUUAAAUCUUCUCCCCACCUCAAACCUCAUCUAACCUAAUCCUUUAUGGACUAAAAGGUUUGGCAGAACUGCAAAACUCACACAGGUCAUCCAAGGCAACAGACAAUACAAAAUGUACAAGUUGAGAGUAAAGCUAAAUAAUGCUGUAGAUUACUGUGUUUUGUUUUUUUCAAAUUGGUGACAAGGUACUAAUUUUGAAAAUACGGCUUUUUAAAAGUCCUAUAUAAUUAAAGCUAAAAUUCUGACCUAAGGCCAGAAAUGUUUUUUACUGCUUUAAUAGAGGAUGCACUGUUACAAUGGCUUUUAAGAUGGAGAGUUCUGGGUUCAGUUACGUGUUUUCAUAGAUUACAACCUGCAUUAUCCCCAGCCAACAUUGCCAAUGGUUAGGGAUGAUGGAGGUGUGGUCCAGUGAAUAUCUGAAGGGGUACAGCUCUCCCAUACCUGCCAAAGAAGAAACUUUAUGUGAAUUGCAGAUAUGUUGAACUAGUUAGGAAACAACUUUUGGGUAGAAUUUGUUCCUACUCCUUCUCAGUGUUUUCACCAGUGCCAAGACCACUGCUUCAGAGACUUACUGUUAUUUAAUGCACCAGAAACUGUAACGAUUGGGACUCCUUCAAUUCGCAACAUAGGAAAACUAUUUAAAAACUUGAGAGGAUUUUGUUCUGGUGUUAAACUAAAGUAAGAGCUGUAACAUUGCAAAAAACAAAAACACCCUUUUCUUCCCCAAAUCUACAAGCCAGAUGCAAUUAAAGAAUGAGACCUGUCACUGAAGACACUAUACACAGCUCACAACCUAUUCUGUAUUGAAGGGGGGAAACAUUUGGGUGUGAAAACUCCUUGUCAGUACUGUACAUCUCAACAUUCCAAAAACAGCACUUGUAUAACUUUGUUACCCAAUUGAAUGAAAGUGGGCAAUGAUGGAACCCAGAAAAUAUCUGUAUAUUGCCCCACAAAAGUUAACUCCAGUGAUUCACUGGAUACUCUAGUUAAAUUACUUUACAUGACUAUCAGGUGAAUGUUUGUUUAUAAAGUGGCCAGGUGAAAAAAACCAUUGUACAGUGUGACUGUUACAAAUUAGCCUUUUGGACUACUCAGGGUACUGCGAUUGGACAAACUUUACUUCACCUCUGAAAGGAAUCAGUUUUUGAGGACACAGAUGACAUUACUCUGUAGGUAUGCUCUGCUGGUGAUUUGUUUGCUCCUCUUCCUGCUUUACUUCUUCAGUGAUGCUGUCAAGACUUUUGAAGCAGAAUGAGGAGUCCUAGCUUCCAAAAUGCUCUGCUCCAGAACUGCUUUUAACUGGGUCAUCCCUGUAAUGAAAACACAUUCCCAAUGCUUGCCUGAGUACAUGUUUGCUACGAAGCAACAGUGUACAUAGAACUACCGGUCUUGCAAAGAAGAGCUUCUUGCAUUGCUUUUGUUUGUACUCUGUAAAGCAGUAUUAUGUAUUUUUGUAUCAUAUCUUGCUGCUGGGGAAAAUAAGAAUAAAAGAGACAAAUGACAAAGA